AUGUCGUCCGACCCCUCGCCCCACCUCCCCUCGCAGGUGGCCCCGCCCGGCGCGGCGGAGGCGGAUCCCCAGCCCCUGCCCCUGCCCCAGCCCGCCGAGCCGCCCGAGGUGAUGCACCGGACGAGGGCCGUCGACUUCCUCGGGCGACGCACGCCCAUCGUCUACCAGAACGAUAAUGGGCCCUGCCCCCUCCUCGCCAUCUGUAACGUGCUUCUGCUGAAGAAUGUGAUCAGCCUGAACCCUGACGAGGGCGAGGUGUCGCAGCAGAAGUUGCUCUCGCUCGUGGCCGAGCGCCUCAUCGACCCCAACAUCGCCGUACAGGACAAGGACGAGGAGUAUGUUCGCAACCGGGAGCAGAACGUAGCUGAUGCCAUUGAUCUUCUCCCGCGCCUCGCGACAGGCAUUGACGUGAACGUGAUGUUCAGGAAGAUUGAUGACUUUGAGUUCACCCGAGAACGUGCUAUAUUUGAUCUUCUGGAUAUCCCACUAUACCAUGGAUGGAUAGUGGACCCUCAGGAUACUGAAACUGCUACUGCUAUUGGAUCGAAGUCCUACAAUGCUCUUGCCUCCGGACUUGCUGAAUUCAAGUCAGGUAAACCAACAGAAGAAAAUAAACAUGUGGAGGAAGAAACUGUUGAUUUUGCUGCCGCGACAACUGCAGCUUUAAAGAUUCCGUCUCCCAGUGUUUCUUGUGGGAGAUCAUUUGAUGAACUUACUCUCUCAAACUCAACUGAAACACAUAAAAGGCGAGGUGACCUUGAGGAAGAAGAGGAACUGAUGAGGGUCCUCAAUCUAUCCAAAGCUGAAAGUGGGGAUGCAGUUGAUGGAGAAGUUUCUUUUGACACUUCACAUAGUCAUUCAUCGUCCAACAUGGAGACACCACAAAGUGAGAGUUUUCAGUCAGAAGCACCUGAGGUGGUGGGGGCAGCAAAAGAGGAACAUGGCGAUCACGCUGUGAGUGAUGAUGGCUCCAUGCUCACAAAUGGUGCUGUUAAUGGCAGUGAAGUUGUGCCUGAAGAAUCCCAAGAAACUUUGACAUCUAAAGAACCAGAGGACAGUGAAAUAAAGAAUAUGUUACCAGGGGACCUUGAUAUACCCGUUCAAUCUUCAGAAUCUACUCCCUCUUGUCCGUCUCAUGAAUCCUUUGCUACCAGUGAUCACCAACCUGCUGUUCCUACUCUUGUUGAAGGUGAUAAAGAAACCUGCAGAGAACAGUUUGAUGUACAAAUUCAUGGCCAGUCUAAUGAUACUGAGGCUGCUUGUGACUCGUCAGUUGCAACUUGUGGAGCUGUUCCAGGUCAUGCUACAACAGAACUGGAUGUGAAAAGUGAUUCUUUAGAUAAAUCUGAGCCUCGACCUUCAAGCAUUCAGGAAUGUGAACCAAUAUACCAAGGUGAAGAGCACGUACUUGGCACCACAAAUAUGGUGUAUGAAAAUCAAGAGCCGAGUGUCACGAGGGGAGGGGAGCUGAUUGAUAAUUUUCUGCAGACCACUGCUAACCAGCUGACUGUCUAUGGUCUCUUACAUUUACAAGAGGGACUUAACGAAAGUGAGCUUUGUGUCUUCUUCCGUAAUAACCACUUCAACACUAUGUUCAAGUACAACGGAAGUCUAUAUCUCCUAGCAACUGAUCAAGGUUUUAUAAGCCAAACUGAUUUGGUAUGGCAAAGGUUGGAUGAGGUGAAUGGAGAUGGGGUUUUUCUUACCAGCAACUUCACACCAUUUAAGGCUGAAACUCCAAGAAAUGAUUCAUGGAAUGAACAGCAAGCUAUGACGAGUACUGCUGAUUAUCUUGCUCAAUUUGACAACACUUCUGGAAACUCUGAUCUGGAGCUAGCUAUAGCACUUCAACAGCAAGAGUUUGAGCGGCAACCACAAAGGUUUCAAGCUCCACCACCCCAGCAGCAGCAACAACAGCAACAACCACCUCAGACGCAGCACCAACCGACUCAAUCUGGCCGACCAGGACUUGUUGGUGGUCAAAGGAGGUCCAACGUCCCACCUCCGUCGAGAAGUGAAUCGAAGAAAGAGAGGUGCAUUGUGAUGUAA